GAAUGUUCAACAAGGACUUGGACUGAAAUCCAGUGGUAGAACAUGUACUUAGCAUGCCUGAGGUCCUGGAUUCCGUCCUCAACACUAAAAGAGAAAAAGUGACGGUGAAAAAAAAAAUCUCAAAAGGAAGAGCAGGGAGAUGGAAGGACGCAGCUCGGUGGUGGUUCACGGACUGCGUUCACACGUGCAAGGCCCUAGGUUCUAUGCUCAGCACCAAAAAAUAUUGACAGAACAUACUGAUGCACUCCUUUAAUCUCAGAACUCAUACAGUUGAAUCUCUUUCAGUUUGAAACCAGCCUGGUCUACAGAGAGAGUUCCAGGCCAGUCAGGACUCUAUGGUGAGUUCUUGUCUUAAAAGAAAAAAAACAACCUGUUGGCCUGUGACUUCCUCUAAACUUCUGAGAGCCCCUAGAGGGCGCUCCUUCCUUCUGCAUGGAAGACUGGAUAAACAGCUUUAUUGAGAUAUAAUUCAUAUAACUCAUAGAUCAUAAAAUUCACUCAUUUAAAGUAUACAGUUGGCCUUAAGUCUUCUCACAGACUUGUGAAACCAUCACCACAGUCAAUUUUAGCACAACUGUAUCACCCCCAAAAGAGAAACCCCAAUAAGCCUGGCCUGUCAUUGGCACCUGGGAGCUGGCAAUAGAAGGCUUAGAACUCCAAGGUCCCGCCUCAAUUGAGCUUCCGGCGCGAAGGUCACAAACAAGAUGGUUCCCCCAGUUCAGGUCUCUCCGCUCAUCAAGCUCUGCCGAUACUCAGCCCUGGUCCUCGGCAUGGCCUACGGCGCCAAGCGCUAUAGUUACCUAAAACCCCGGGCAGAGGAGGAGAGGAGGGUGGCCGCGGAGGAAAAGAAGAGACUAGAUGAGCUGAAAUGGAUUGAGAGAAAACUGGCAGAAGCUCAAGAUGACAGCAUACUGAAGUGACACG